GGAGGAGGCGAGAAGAUGGUGGACGACCCCAGUGCUGCCGACAGGAAUGUGGAGAUCUGGAAGAUCAAGAAGCUCAUCAAGAGCUUGGAGGCGGCCCGCGGCAAUGGCACCAGCAUGAUAUCGUUGAUCAUUCCUCCCAAAGACCAGAUAUCAGGAGUGGCAAAAAUGUUAGCUGAUGAGUUUGGAACCGCAUCUAAUAUUAAAUCACGAGUAAACUGCCUUUCAGUCCUGGGAGCCAUUACAUCUGUACAACAAAGACUCAAACUUUAUAACAAAGUACCUCCAAAUGGUCUGGUUGUUUACUGUGGAACAAUUGUAACAGAAGAAGGAAAGGAAAAGAAAGUCAACAUUGACUUUGAGCCUUUCAAACCAAUUAAUACGUCAUUGUAUUUGUGUGACAACAAAUUCCAUACAGAGGCUCUUACAGCACUACUUUCGGAUGAUAGCAAGUUUGGUUUCAUUGUAAUAGAUGGUAGUGGUGCGCUUUUUGGCACACUCCAAGGAAACACAAGAGAAGUCCUUCACAAAUUCACUGUGGAUCUUCCAAAGAAACACGGUAGAGGAGGUCAGUCUGCUUUGCGUUUUGCCCGUUUAAGAAUGGAAAAACGACAUAAUUACGUUCGGAAAGUAGCCGAGACUGCUGUGCAACUGUUUAUUUCUGGGGACAAAGUGAAUGUGGCUGGUCUCGUUUUAGCUGGAUCAGCUGACUUUAAAACUGAACUAAGCCAAUCGGAUAUGUUUGAUCAGAGGUUGCAAUCAAAAGUUUUAAAAUUAGUUGAUAUCUCCUAUGGUGGUGAAAAUGGAUUCAACCAAGCUAUUGAAUUAUCUACUGAAGUCCUCUCCAACGUGAAGUUCAUUCAAGAGAAGAAAUUAAUAGGACGAUACUUUGAUGAAAUCAGCCAGGACACGGGCAAGUACUGUUUUGGAGUUGAAGAUACACUAAAGGCUUUGGAAAUGGGAGCUGUAGAGAUUCUAAUAGUCUAUGAAAAUCUGGAUAUAAUGAGAUAUGUUCUUCAUUGCCAAGGCACCGAAGAGGAGAAAAUUCUCUAUCUAACUCCAGAACAAGAGAAGGAUAAAUCUCAUUUCACAGAUAAAGAGACAGGACAGGAACAUGAGCUGAUUGAAAGCAUGCCCCUACUGGAAUGGUUUGCCAACAACUACAAAAAAUUUGGAGCUACAUUGGAAAUUGUCACAGAUAAGUCACAAGAAGGAUCCCAAUUUGUGAAAGGAUUUGGUGGAAUUGGAGGUAUCUUACGGUACCGAGUAGAUUUCCAGGGAAUGGAAUAUCAAGGAGGAGAUGAUGAAUUUUUUGACCUUGAUGACUACUAGGUAGUCGACAUGGGUCUGGCAAACCGUGCCUCACCCUCCAGCAUCCAACCCAAGGAGCAUACCCGUGGUGGAAUCCAAACAGAUCCCUACCUUUUGAUUGGACCCUUCUCAGAGCUUAACUCCAUGAGCACUGGAUAUGGAAAUGAAAACCGAAACACAACCAGGCCCGACCCCACACUGGUUUGUCAUGGUGUCAGCGCAGCAGCCUACAAGAAGUUCCCGAAGGUCACUAUGGACUAAUUUAAAAAAGAAUCCCAGUUUUUACUUUUACUUGAUGGUGAAAAUUGGUUGCUCUUGUAUUUUAUGGAAAAAAACAAAUGAUU